AUGCCUUGGAAGUGUUUAUGGAAAACGAUAAGUCUGAACGUAGUCCUAAAGAUCUUGUACCUACCAGAAAUGAAUGAAAAACUAAUUUUAGUUGAGGAUAACAUCCAAUGUUUUGAGACAAAUCCUGCAAUCGUAGAGUGUUUUAAUGCUAAUCCAGUUCAAUCGACUAGUUCUUAUAAUUUAAUUGAAUGCAACCAAUUUAACGAUAAUAUUGGUCCGUCGACAACUGCUCUUGAUUUAAUUGACGGCAAUUUAAACCAAAUUAGAUAUGUUUUUGAAUCAGAUGACAGCAUCGCUGAUCUGGAAUAUUUUACAGACAUAGGAACAUCUAGCGAUGAAAGUGAUGAUCAAGAAACAGGCCCAUAUGCGACUGAUGAAGAUGAAAAAUACACUCCCUCGGAUACUUUGUCAACUUCAGACACUGAAGAAGAUGAAAAUAGUAAUGGCAGUGUUUGCAGCAGCACCCAUUCAGAUACACGCGAUGAUGCCCAUGUUACGCCAGUCAAAGCUAGAAAAAGACAAAAACGUCCAUCUGAAUGGAAGAUUAAGCAAAGAAAACGCCUUAGAACUCAAGAUAAACCUAAAGUCGCAGAGAGCAAAGUUCAGCUAGCAGUCCAUCAAAGACGAGCUGAAAAAGCAGUGACUGUGAAGAAAAACGACAUCGAAAAGCAUAUAUUUUCGGGAGAUACAGUGGUUGUAUACUUUGAUCUUCAACAGUCUUUGCCAAUGCCACUUUUAACAACUUCGAAGGUGUUUUAUUUAAGACAGUUAUGGACAUAUAAUUUUUGCUUUUACGAUUUAAUAAACAAUGAAGCUAAUAUGUAUGUUUGGUCUGAGGACAUAGCUUCAAGAGGUUCUCAGGAAAUUGAAUCCUGCUUAAUCAGGUUUAACAGGUCCCUUCCACCUAAUGUUAAAAGAAUGAUUGCCUAUAGCGAUUCACGCGAGGGUCAAAGCAGGAACAAGAACAUAAGCAAACUUUAUGUUUUUGGUGAAAGCCACACAACUUGA